ACUGACCACUCCCCGUGCGCGUUUUCACCACGUGACCGAGCUGUGCUCGCUCUUGCAAAGUUAAAAACAGACUUUGUUUAUCUUGCAGCCUGUUUGUUUGAAAUGCUCUCCGACUAGUUAACCUACCUUACUUUCUUUACCCUUUUUCCUCUAGUCCCUGACUCUACUCUCCUCAGCCGUGCACACUGAGAGGAGUUUUACACCCGUAGCAUUUAGCAGCCUCUCUGUAGCCUUUUCUGCUUUCUUUGUAAUCAUCUGGAUCUUUAUUAUUUUAUAUUUUCUCCAGCUGAUAACGGGCAGCAGGAAAACAGGGCUCAGGAAUCAGGAUUUUUCCUUUCCAUCGCCUGUAUAAACCUAUAUUACUCAACAUUUUCUUCCUCCUUCGAUCGGUUUUGCUGUCAUUUUUUUGAAGGGAUUUGUUGCAGGUCGACAGGAGGAGAAAGCACCGUGAAUAUUUUUUAAAUCGAGCAUUUGGUGAGCGCCAUGGCGACUGAAGUGGAUACGUGGUCCUCCGCUCCCCAAGCCGAUGGGAUGUUCUCCUAUAAUGAGAACGUGGCAGAGGCCAACCGCUCCUACAGCGGCGACGAGGACCCGCUUAACGAGGCGGAGGUGAACGGAAACUGGACGCCUCAGGAGAAAGCGCUCCAUGAGGCGCGACUCAAAGCCAAAGCCAAGCGACGCCUGCGCAAGUCCUCAUCCCGCAACUCCACCAGCGAGUCGUUCUCCGAGUCGGGAGAUGUGGCAGGAGGCGACCCCAACAGUCCGAAGGGCAAAGUGAACACCAACGACCGCAAGUCCAGGACUGGCAAAGGCAGAGGCCUGCCAAAAAAGGGUGGAGCGGGUGGUAAAGGAGUUUGGGGGGCUGCUGGGAUGGUUUAUGAAGACGAGGAGCCUGAUGUACGAGACCCUAACUAUGAUGAAUCUUCUCAGGGAGACACAGUCUAUGCAAAAGUUGUUCCUGUGGUCGAUGAGAAGGAACUGGAAAAGAUGGUCAACCCGAUCGUACAGGAGUACUUUGAACAUGGAGACACAAAAGAGGUCCAGACAUUGUUAAGGGAGCUGAACCUGGGCCCGCACAAGUACGAGUUCUCCUCCCUGGCUGUGUCCCUGUCCCUGGAGGGGAAGGCCAGCCACAGAGAGCUGACCUCCCGCCUGCUGUCAGAUCUGACGGGCAAGGUACUGUCACAGAACGACAUGGGCCGAGCUUUCGACAAGAUCCUGAAAGAGCUGCCAGACCUCAUACUGGACACACCAGAGGCCCCGCAGAUGUUGGGCCAGUUUAUAGCCAGAGCCAUAGCAGACCACAUCCUUCCAAUGUCCUUCCUGGACUAUUACAAGGGUAAAGUGGACUGUGAGCAUGCCAGAGUGGCUUUAGACCGAGCUGCGGUGCUGCUGACCAUGAAGAGGGAGAUGAUGCGUCUAGAUAACGUGUGGGGUGUAGGCGGAGGCCAGAGACCUGUUAAACAUCUCAUCAAAGAGAUGAACCUCCUGCUCAAGGAGUACCUGAUAUCAGGUGAUGUGUCAGAGGCAGAACGCUGUCUGAGGGACCUUGAGGUCCCACACUUCCACCACGAGUUGGUCUAUGAGGCUAUAGUGAUGGUGCUGGAGUCAAAGGGAGACACAGCCAGUCACAUGAUCAUCAAGCUGCUGCAGUCCUUCUGGAAAACGGGCCUCAUCACUGUGGAUCAGAUGAAUAGGGGCUUCCAGCGUGUCUAUAACGAGCUCCCUGAAAUCAACUUGGAUGUACCGCAUGCUCACUCCCUCAUGGAGACCUUUGUGGACCUCUGCUACCAGGAGGCUGUCAUCACCAAGCAGCUGAGGGACGCCUAUCCCUCUAGAGGGCGGAAGCGUUUUGUCAGCGAAGGAGACGGAGGAGUGAUCAAGAGCUAAUCUACAAAAGGAAAAGGCAGAGCAGGAGGAGGAGGAGGAGGAGGAGGGGUGUCUACACGUUCAUGCACCGUGUUUCUGCUCCGGCAUGUCCCCCCCCCCCCCGAACCGGACAUGCUGGCAGCCUCAAGUUUCCUUAUUCUUCUCAAAAAUGUUGUCAUUACAGAAACCAGCGUUGACGUUUGGUGAGACUAGACUGAAGAGUGGCUUUGGGCGUUCAGUUCUCUUCAUCUUGUUAAUCAAUGUUUUUGACUUUUUCUUUUGUAAGAAUAUUCUUUGUUAUGGGGUUUGAUGUGCCCCCCUCUCCCCACAGUCUUUAUUCCUGUUUCUGGAGAAAAGUUGAAGCCAGAGAUAGAAUAACAAGGCUGAGGAUUGUGGAAGAAAAAAAUUGGGGUCAUUUUGUUUUUGCUUUGCUUCACCUGUCGUUAAGUCUAUUUUUAUGUACCGCAUUAUAAAUGAGAGAAGAGCACUUAAAAGAAAGAGCUAACUGUACAGUCAGUGGGCCUGUAGAAAUUCAGCUCAGCAUAACCUUUUUUUUCUGCCACCAAUGAUGUGAAAUUGUAUCAAGGACAACAUGCUUUGUAGGUUCAAGUGGUUCUAUUGAUCCUUUCUGAACAAUGUUGUUUUUUUUCUCUCUCAGUGUGUCAUUGGUUCUUGGUCUCUGAGGCCAAAUGUUCACUUUGUAAAGCACAGCAGUUGAAGCAAAGAGUGUUUUGGAACUGUUCUGGGGGUGAUUAGUUGGUACAACACAUUAAUAUACUUUUUAAAUAUAAAGAAUAAAUUGGGGUUAAUCUGUGUAAAAAGAAUAAUUAAGUAGUUUAAUUUUGAGCACUCUGGCUUUGUUUGUGGUUAAUAAAUACAAAGUUCACAAAGUCAGCUUUUUUUUUUAUGUACAGGUUGAAGACGUCCGUUAAAAGAAGAGUCUUUCUUGGAAAUUGUCUCUAAACCUGCUAAAUGGCAACCAUACUUUUCAGAAUAAUAGGUCAGGCAUAUUCAGACUGUCCUGCCACUGUUUGUAAGAGUUUUACAUGUUGACCAAAGUUAAAUAUGUUGCAACAAAAAUAUAUUUCAUUCAUUAAAAAAGCAAAAUCAUAAA